UAUGAAUUCUUCUCCUAUGAAGUUCCCCCAAUUUCUUCAAAUCCAUCACAUUGAUAUGCUGAACGUGAGGUUUCUGAGCUGGAAUCUGGGUUCAAAACAUCUCUAUAUUCAUUGUAAACUCUGCGAGGGAUGAACUAUCACUAUUAAUUUCUUCUUCCUCCAUUUUUCCAAAUAUUUUAUUUAAGAUUACUAGGAAGUUCACUGUUGCUUUCUUUAUUCCUGAACGCUUUGACAUCACUUUUAGCUUUGCAAGAAGUUUUGAAAGACAUUCAUUCCUGCUGAGUGGGGUUUUUAUCAAAAAUUCUAAGCCUGCUCUCCAUUUUACUUAAGUAUAGCAACUUUUAUCAAA